AUGGCUUCUGGAAGCACAAGGACGGGAUUCUCGGUGAGGGACAUACUGCAGCUGCCUGACGCAGUCGGCGGAUCCGGACCCGGAGAGACGGAGGGCCAAGUCGAGCAGGUCCCCAACGAGGUCCCGGAGACGAACCGCGGCGUAAACGCCAAAAAUGUGGAAUUACACAGCCGUCUAUGGGAGCUCGGAGCCGGCAGUCCCGCCGGAUGGACAGCCUCCACCCACACCCUGCAGGUCUCCCCUCACGGCCUGUCAGCGCCCCGAACCGGAUCGAAAUCCCCCGAACUUUCCACCGACGAGUCCCAGGACGUCGACCGGGAUCCGACGGGGGACGGCGACCCGGUGAAAACGAGGAAGAGGAGGGUCCUGUUCUCCAAAGCGCAGACCUUCGAGCUGGAGCGGCGGUUCCGGCAGCAGCGGUACCUGUCGGCCCCGGAGAGGGAGCACCUGGCGCGCGCGCUGCGGCUCACGCCGACCCAGGUGAAGAUCUGGUUCCAGAACCACCGCUACAAAAUGAAGCGGGCCCGGGCCGACAGGAGCGCGGAGGCGCUCCAGCUCGUGGCCCCGAGGCGGGUGGCCAUCCCGGUGCUGGUCCGGGACGGGAAGCCGUGCGACGCGGUGAAAAGCCGCGAGCUGGAGGCGGCGCUGCGGGUCGGGUUGCCCGCGGCCGCGUACGGCGCCUUGUCGCUCUCACACGUGGCCGCGCAUGCUCAGCUCGGCCCGGACGCGCUCUCCCACGUGCCCGGCGUGCAUCAGCUGGCCCAGCUGUACCAGUGGAGCUGGUGA